UUGUUCCCCACCGGACCGUUUUAACUCCGGGACAAACAUUGCCCUUGAUUUCCUUCGGGGUUGAUAAACCAAUGGAAAGCUAACUGUCUGGGUUGUCCUGACUUUGGGAAAUCCUGUUAUUUGGGACUAUGGGGCUUCUGCCUGAAGAAGCGAAGGUUUUGCCUCCUCCGGGGCUCGUGAACAGAAACUCAGUAUGGCUCGGGCUGUGCGGCUGGGCGACUGCAAUGUUUCACAACAGCUUGAACCGCAGGCCUGCACUCAAAGCAGGUGUUCACCGUCAAGCUCUGUUCGUAACCAUUGGAUGGUUUAUUGGAUAUCAUCUAACAAAACAUGAGAAUUACACAUAUGCCAGGCUGGACCGGGACAUGAAUGAGUACAUCCGGCUGCACCCUGAGAACUUUCCAGAAAAAGAUAAAAAGACUUUUGCAGAAAUUGUGGAGCCGUUUCAUCCAAUCCGUUAAAUGGAUGUGGUUGUAAGAAGAAAUAUGAAGAUUAUAGUUAGAAAUCUGGUUCAACAGACAUUACAACAGCUGUUAUAAAUACUCGUAUAUUGGUUUGAGUUUUGUCUUUAAUGUUUCAUUAAACUAUUUAAAAAUCAAAUCAGUAUUCUUCAUUCUUUUAG